AUGAAACUUCCCCUCAUUCCGCUCCUCGCCGUCAUCCUCUCUUGUAGUAUCGGGGAUGCCACACCAUUGGUCUAUGACACAAAGGGUUACGAGCUGAUGAGCAACUCCUCUUAUUACAUUCUCCCGGUAGAGAAAGGUGGGACUGGCAGUGGCCUCAAAAUAUCCUAUGAAUGGAAACGCUGCAACUUCUUCGUAGCCCAAGCACGCGGCAAGGCUGAAGACGGUGUGGCCGUGCGAAUCGCGCCGCCUAGUGCUUCUGUAUAUGAUCCUAUAUUUAAUCCGGUCGCAGUUCAUCUAUCAACCGACAUCACCAUCACAUUCGACGUCGUCACGGUAUGCGUGGAGUCCAUGUAUUGGCACAUCAGCGGCAAGUCUCCACUGUCAACGACAUCAUAUCCACGCCAGCAUGUUGCUGUCGGGAAGGACGAGGAUGCUGACAUGCCCUUCCCGCCGUCACCGGACAUGUUGUUCAGCAUCGAAAGGUACGAUGGCGCGGUGAAGGGGUACAAGCUAGUCUCCUGCAAUGGCACCGGACCGUGUGAGAAUCUAGGGUUGCAUGCUUUCAAGGGGAAGAACUGGCUCACCACAAGUGACCCGCCUUUGGUGGUCGUGUUCAAGAAAGGACACGAAUAUGCAUAG